CUCACUCACUCACUCACUGUGUCACUCACGCACUCACUCACUCAGUCACAGAGAGCGGACGGCUGCGCGUCCUCCUGGCAGCAGGAGCUGGAUAAAAAGCGCACGCGGGUCGGCGCAUGUAUUUGCUCAUUUUUCUUCCCAUUCAUCGAGUCCGCUUCGGAUACUAGAUGCGACCCGUCCCCGCGUCAACAACACACCUCUGACGGACAAACCAUGGACAGUCUCGGCAGCCGCUGCAAGAUUGUGGUGGUCGGGGACACGCAGUGUGGGAAAACGGCGCUGCUGCACGUUUUUGCCAAGGACUGUUAUCCAGAGAACUACGUCCCCACUGUGUUUGAAAACUACACCGCCAGUUUUGAGAUAGACAAGCAACGGAUCGAGCUGAACAUGUGGGACACGUCAGGUUCCUCGUAUUACGACAACGUGAGGCCGCUGGCGUAUCCCGACUCAGAUGCGGUUCUCAUCUGUUUCGACAUCAGCCGCCCAGAGACUUUGGACAGCGUCAUAAAGAAGUGGCAAGGUGAGACACAAGAGUUCUGUCCCAAUGCCAAAGUGGUGCUGGUGGGCUGCAAACUGGACAUGAGGACAGAUGUCAACACGCUGAGGGAACUCUCCAAGCAGCGGCUCAUCCCCGUCACCCAUGAACAGGGGAGCACGAUAGCUCGGCAGAUGGGGGCGGUGGCUUACGUGGAGUGCACCUCCAAGGUUUCAGAGAACAGUGUCCGAGACGUGUUCCACAUCACCACGCUGGCCUCGGUGCGGCGGCCUCACAAGCCACAGCUUAAACGCAGCAGUUCUCGCAGGGGUUUGAAGCGAGUCUCACAGCUCCCUCUGCCGCCCCUGCCAGGACGGACUGAGCAAAUGGACCAGGCCCCAGCCAUGAGGAAGGACCGAGCCAAAAGCUGUGUGCUCAUGUAGAGCACACAGGCCCAUAAUUAUAAAUAUAUAUAUAUAUAUACACUGUAAUGUAUAUACAUAAACACAGAAAUAUAUAACAGAGGAAGUUUAUUUAUUGUUUUCUUGUUGUUUUUCCUCAUAAUUUGCACUGCAGAAGAGGGAGCUUAAAAUGAAACGUGCGGCUGUGAAAACAAAUGCUUUGGACUUUUUUUGGGCUUCAUUUUAUUGCCUGUGAGCAUAUUUUUAAGCUGUUUACAUAUUUGUGUUUUUUUGGAAAAAAAAAAAAAAGGACCGACUCUGCGGACGCGAGAAAGCCGCAACACUGAAAGUGUUCAGUUCUGGCUAUUAAAAGAAAAAAUAAGGAAUUAUUUUCCUGAAAUUGCUCCAAUAAACGGACAAAGUGACAGCGAGGAGAGCGGUGUGUGUGUGUGUGUGUGUGUGAGGAGAUCCAUGUUGAAGCAGGACAUCUGUGGAUGAAGUAUGUUGUUUUUAAAGACAGUGCUGUGGCGUGGACACAAGGACGAAAUGUGUGGCCGCGCAGUCUGUUGCCAUGUUUGAGAGGAAAAACACGCACUGUGCUGAAAAGGGAGUAGGUGAGCGACGACUCAAACCAAAUGUUGGUGCAAGUGAGAUUUUGUGACACUGACUGAAAGAUCACGGAGGGGUGUGUUACAACCACAAGUGCAUUUUUAAGAAACAAAAGUCACAAAUCGAGCCCACCUGAUGUUAUUUUGCUCACUUAACGCUAUUUUUUCCUCAUCCACACCAAUCGUGUCACCUUGAUUCACUGAAACUCAAUGCUGUUGUAACUAUUUUGAUGAUGUUUCUUUGUGGAAAAUAACGUGAUGAAAUGUUAGGGCUAUUUUGUUGUACGUUCACAAAACUAAAAUAAAGCAGCAGCUUGACUCUACGGAGA